GCCUGACGCUGCAGCUGGGCCGGCGACUCGCCAUUGGAUUAAAAAUAGCAGCUCCCGCCCGCCGUCCGGCCGGCCGGGGCAGGGGCCGAGCCUCCCCAGCCCGAGCCGAUCCUCAGCCCGCGCGGCAGCUGCGUCCAGGUCCUGCUCUCCCGCUGUGCAGCGCUCCUCCCCAGGCCCGCUGCGCUCCGCGGCCAUGCAGCGCCGGGGCGCCCUGUUCAGCGUACCGGGCGGCGGCGGCGGGAAGAUGGCUGCAGGGGACCUGGGCGAGCUACUGGUGCCUCAUAUGCCCACGAUCCGCGUGCCCAGGUCGGGGGACCGCGUCUACAAGAACGAGUGCGCCUUCUCCUACGACUCCCCGAACUCUGAAGGUGGACUCUAUGUAUGCAUGAAUACAUUUUUGGCCUUUGGAAGGGAACACGUUGAAAGACAUUUUCGAAAAACUGGGCAGAGCGUAUACAUGCAUCUGAAGAGGCACAUGCGAGAGAAGAUAAGAGGAGCCUCUGGUGGAGCUUUACCCAAAAGGAGGAAUUCCAAAAUAUUUUUAGAUCUAGAUAUGGAUGACGAUUUAAAUAGUGAUGAUUACGAAUAUGAAGACGAAGCCAAACUUGUUAUAUUCCCAGACCACUAUGAAAUAGCCCUUCCUAACAUUGAAGAGUUACCAGCCCUGGUAACAAUUGCUUGCGACGCAGUGCUCAGCUCAAAGUCCCCGUACAGGAAGCAGGAUCCAGACACGUGGGAAAAUGAAGUGCCGGUAUCAAAGUAUGCCAACAACCUCGUGCAGCUGGACAACGGGGUCAGGAUUCCUCCCAGUGGCUGGAAGUGUGCCCGAUGUGACCUGCGGGAGAACCUCUGGUUGAAUCUGACUGACGGCUCUGUUCUGUGUGGGAAGUGGUUUUUUGACAGCUCAGGGGGCAAUGGCCAUGCACUGGAGCAUUACAAGGACAUGGGCUAUCCUCUGGCUGUGAAGCUGGGCACCAUCACACCUGAUGGGGCAGAUGUUUAUUCUUUUCAAGAAGAGGGACCUGUUUCAGAUCCUCAUUUGGCCAAACACUUAGCACAUUUUGGGAUCGACAUGCUUCACACGCAAGGGACAGAGAACGGGCUCCGGGACAAUGAUGUCAAGCCCAGAGUCAGCGAGUGGGAAGUGAUCCAGGAAUCAGGGACUAAGCUGAAGCCGAUGUACGGCCCAGGGUACACGGGCCUGAAAAACCUGGGCAACAGUUGCUACCUCAGUUCUGUCAUGCAGGCCAUCUUCAGCAUCCCAGAAUUCCAGAGAGCGUAUGUAGGAAACCUCCCAAGGAUAUUUGACUACUCGCCAUUAGAUCCAACGCAGGACUUCAACACACAGAUGACUAAGUUGGGACAUGGCCUCCUCUCUGGUCAGUACUCGAAGCCUCCAGUGAAAUCUGAGCUCAUUGAACAGGUGAUGAAGGAGGAGCACAAGCCUCAGCAGAAUGGGAUCUCGCCACGAAUGUUCAAGGCCUUUGUUAGCAAGAGCCACCCAGAAUUCUCCUCCAACAGACAACAGGAUGCCCAGGAGUUUUUCUUACAUUUGGUCAAUCUGGUAGAGAGGAAUCGCAUUGGCUCAGAAAACCCAAGUGAUGUUUUCCGGUUUUUGGUGGAGGAACGAAUUCAAUGCUGUCAGACCAGAAAGGUCCGCUACACGGAGAGGGUGGACUACCUUAUGCAGUUACCCGUGGCCAUGGAGGCAGCAACCAACAAAGAUGAGCUGAUCGCCUAUGAACUAAUGCGGAGGGAAGCAGAAGCCAACAGGAGACCCCUUCCUGAGCUGGUGCGAGCCAAGAUCCCAUUCAGUGCCUGCCUUCAGGCCUUUGCUGAACCAGACAAUGUGGAUGAUUUCUGGAGCAGUGCUCUGCAGGCCAAGUCUGCAGGGGUCAAAACUUCUCGCUUUGCCUCAUUCCCUGAAUACUUGGUAGUGCAGAUAAAGAAGUUCACUUUUGGUCUUGACUGGGUUCCCAGAAAAUUUGAUGUGUCUAUUGAUAUGCCAGACCUACUAGAUAUCAGCCACCUCAGAGCCAGGGGCUUGCAGCCAGGGGAAGAGGAGCUUCCUGACAUCAGUCCCCCCAUAGUCAUUCCUGAUGACUCAAAAGACCGCUUGAUGAACCAGUUGAUAGACCCCUCAGACAUUGAUGAGUCCUCAGUGAUGCAGCUGGCUGAGAUGGGCUUCCCUUUGGAAGCCUGCAGGAAGGCUGUGUACUUCACUGGGAACACUGGAGCUGAGGUGGCCUUCAACUGGAUCAUCGUGCACAUGGAGGAGCCUGAUUUUGCUGAACCACUGGCCAUACCUGGGUAUGGAGGGGCUGGGGCCUCUGUCUUUGGUGCUACUGGAUUGGACAACCAACCUCCUGAGGAAAUCGUAGCUAUUAUCACCUCCAUGGGAUUCCAGCGCAAUCAGGCAGUACAGGCUCUACAAGCAACGAGUCAUAACUUGGAAAGAGCGUUGGACUGGAUCUUCAGCCACCCCGAGUUUGAAGAGGACAGUGACUUUGUGAUUGAGAUGGAGAACAAUGCGAAUGCAAACAUCAUGUCUGAGGCCAAGCCAGAGGGACCUAGAGUCAAGGAUGGGUCUGGAAUGUACGAGUUGUUUGCAUUCAUCAGUCACAUGGGAACAUCUACAAUGAGUGGCCAUUAUGUUUGCCAUAUCAAAAAGGAGGGACGAUGGGUGAUCUACAAUGACCAUAAAGUUUGUGCCUCAGAAAGGCCCCCUAAAGACCUGGGUUAUAUGUACUUUUACCGCAGGAUACCAAGCUAAACCUCACAAGAAUUGGCGAGAAGAAGCCAUACACCUUUUUAAUUUGCCAAAAAAGAAAAAGAAAAAAAUAAAAAAAAAAAAAGAAAAGGAAAAAGGAAAACUAAAGGAAAAAAGUUGGGACAGCCAGAUGCGGAGGACGACGUGGAUAUUUAUUGCUUCUUUCAAGAGCAUGGUCACAACGCCUUCUGGAGAAGAGCUGGGGAGAAACUCCUAUUGGCUGCAAUAUUCUGUCAUAGGGGAUUUUGUGACUGUUCAGGGAGAGGGUGAUGGAAGCAAAGACAUUGGCCACCAGCCCAUCAGAUAGGCACUGUCUUUCUCUCUCUUCUGCUUUGGGGGUCACUAGUGAGAGGCCCUCUACAGUGAGGAAAAUGCCCACUUUUAAAAUUUUCCAUACAGGAAAUCAAAACCUGGACUGGCUUUUAUUGGUGGCACUGUGUCUUCAUUUCCCACAGUAAGUUUCUGACCUAGCUAUGUGUACUAGGACAUCUGCAGUGGAAGCUAUUUUUAAUUUAAGUCACAUCAAACUUUAUAUUACACUGUAUGAGUGUGUGUGUGUGUGUGUGUGUGUGUGUGUGUGUGUGUGUGUGUGUGUGUGAGACCUUUGCGGUCCACUGGAGAUCUGAUGGAUUGGUGUUUAAAGGCUAAAUAGUGGCUGUUAAGCAUAUUUGGAAAAGGCAGGCAAACACCUUUAAAAAUUAUAUCUCAGGAACAGUUGUUUAAAAAUGAGUUUCCCACUUCGAUUUUAAAGAGUACAGAGAGCUGAGCUGUGGCCUCGAAGUGCUGUCUGGCAUUCAUGUGGGUCUAUGUCAUUUGACAUCAAUGCUAGGUGCCUAAGUCUUGUCACACUGUGCUUUGCCAAGGGCAGAUGGGAUCUCUUCCUCAGCAGUGCAUUCCCUCAAAGCUUAGUUAAAUAACUGGCUCAUGCUUACUCCCUGGGAUCAUGUUAAAUGCCCAUGGUUUGUCUGAUUUUCUGGUCUCUAAAAUUUCUUACAUUUUUACAUCUCCACUUGUCUGGGGCCAGUUUUCCCAAUGCUCUCACUGCCUAUCUGCUGUGGUCCGUGGUGCAACCUGGAGCACUUUAAGGAUGUGAGCUGCAGAGACGUUUCUGUCACAGCUGUAAAGCCAGUCUUCCCACCUGGUCAUUUCAGUGUCCUAGCUGUGGCCUGAGAGCAAAGCAGAGCUGUGGAUGUGCAGUGGAGAGGAACGAGAGCUCUCUGUAAUUUUGUUACUACUUUUCAUCAAAUUCCAGCCUCUGGAGUUUCUGGUUCAGAUUAUUGAUCAAAUGGAAAAGGAUUUAUUGCUGUCUGCUUGAUGUGUACUUGUUGGAUUGCUCUCUUUAGAAAUUGCAGAAAAAUGAGGAAGUGGAACAGAACGGGCUGAAUAGAGCAGAGGCAUAUCGGGUUGGGCUGGGAUGAGUCUGAACAAUCAGAGUUCAAACCCAGGGGUCUGUCUCAAGGAAGAUCCCAUGUAAGCCUGGGCUGUGGACCUGGGGCCAGAGGCCUGGGUGCAUCUGGGUGCUGUCUCUCGUUGGCUAUGGGCCAGUCCUUCCUUUCAUCUGUGCCUCACUUUCCUCAUCUGCAUGGUGGUCAGGUGACAACCCCCCUCCUUCUAACAGGCUUUGAUCAAUUCUGAAGAACCUUCACAGAACAGAAGGUGGAAUGUGGUAGGCUCCAUUAGAGUGCACUCCUGCCUUCUUGACUUUGACAAUGUUUUUUUUCCAUUUGAGAAUAAAUGACAUGACAGGAGGGAGCUCAUGAUGCUGUAAUUCUCUCUGACAGUGUCCCACUGAUGCACCUUUGAGGCUUGGCUCCGAGAUCCUAAGUCUCUGUUGUGUGUGUCCCUGACCAGUGCCCCUACCCCCGAAGUGGAAAUUCCCACACUAAGCAGCCUUACAAAACGCAGUCUGUAUAGGGCCACGUAUUAUAGGAUAAUGACUGAACUUAGGCCUUCAGUGGCUGGUUUGUAGUGUUACAAAGUGAAGGCCUUUCAUGUGGGUAGGGGCAUCUCAGGAGGUUUGAAUUCAAAUGUGGUCAAAGAUAGCAUGUAUAUUUUGAACAAAAUAAAAGAUUUUAUAAAACUUUGCAAACUCGAUGUUGUAAAAUCCACAUUAAAGAUUUUAGGCUAUAAACCAUUUUAUUUCAUUAGGUAGAAGAAGCAAAGUAACCCUUCCAAUGCCAAGACAUACUUGGAAAAAGUAUAUAAUGGCUGCCUCUUCCCUGCCUCACAAACACAAGGGCUCUUCCCGGCAAGAUUUUGUAUGUGUGCUGUUCAUUCAGAUCAGGAGCUGGAUGCACUGAUGUAGGCAGUGCCUUGCUUUCUCAUUACAAAUGUGCUUGCAUGUGUCUCCUGGUAUAUGCAAACUAAGCUGCUCUGGAGUACCAGUGAGAUAUACCACUUAUCUUACACAUGUGUGUAGACUGGAUACAUGUGGCCGCAACUGGAACAGUGUGGGCUGUGUCUGCUGACCCCCCUGCUAGGAGUCUUCUGUGAGAUGUGGCGUGACUGUGUGACUCUCUCCAUGUGUAAGCCUCUGUGUAGAGGACAAUGCUUUCUUCCUGUAAAUAUCUUUUGAUAUUCAUUUGUGUAGACUCCCAAUAUGUCUUUGGGAAAUGGAUCUGUUUCGUCCCUUGGUCGAAAUACCCAAAUAACUAGUCAGAAAUCCAGUUUGGUACAGAUUUUCUUUUUCUUCUAAAUGAGAAGAAUCUGGGAAGAAUCAUAUUUUAAUGACAUUUUAUAUCAAUGUUGCUUCAGUAUUUUCAUUUGACUAGCCUGUUUUACCAAACCUACAGAGAAUGUGCCUGCCACUCCCCCUGCAUCUCUUUGGGCUCCCGUUACCUCAGCUACAGACUUAAACGUGUGCUUAUGUCCUGACAGCAUCUCAGUUUGACAUGCCCAAGUCUUUCUACUGCUGGGCCCUUGUCUCUGGACCGGGAGGUUAGACCAGAUAGUCUGUGAAUUCUCCUUCUGUCUGGCCACCACAUUUUGUGUUUCUUUUCUUGUGGUUCCAACCAGAAUCAGACAUGAACUGUGGCAGUCGCUUAGAAGUUUCCGAGUAUGAGUCUGCAGUUAUUCUAGCUUGUAGAUUCCCAACAUCAUUGGUCCACAUCCCAGUUCUCUUCCUAAUCUAUUUUCUUUUGUAAUCUUAUUUCCCCCACUCCCGAACUCAAAACUUUUCAGUCUAUGAGUCUCCUGCCACCCCCUCCAAACAAAAGCAGCAAUCCAUUUAUGACACCCUCUUGGAAACGUCUCAGAACACCUCUCAGCUCACUCAAACACACACAGUAUUUUAAAAUCCCGAUUCCACUGUUACUAGCCCCGAUCCCCAGAUACGUGAUGCCAAAGCUGUCUGUCCUAGAAAUGGUGUUUAGAUGCCAUGGCUACUGGAUCUUAUCACAGGUCUUUAGAGUCUGUGGGAUUGCUAGGAGAGGUGGGAAGAACAGAGAUGGCAUUAGAAAUAAUGUGCUUCUACCUGUUAGGUCAAUAUCCCAGGGGACAGAACAAGGUUUGUGCUGGUGCUAGGUGCUAGAAGCUGGUGGCUAGGACCACCUACCCCAUGCCACCAGGAUUCCCUACUGUUCUGAUUUGCUUUUCAUUGGUGUAACAAAGACCAUGGCUAAAAACAACCUGGGGAGGGAAGGGAAGUUUCUUAUAAUUUAACACUCCACUAGGAUGGGAAGUCAGGGCAGGAACUCAAGGCAAGAAUCUGAAGGCAAGAACUGAGGCAGAGGAGUGCUUCUUACUGGCUUGUUCCCCACUGCUCUCUCAGCCUGCUUUCCAGGAUUACCCACACUGGGCUGGGCCCUCCCCUACCAAUCAUUAAUCAAGGAAAUUCCCCAUAGGCUUACCCACAGGCUAAUCUUAAUGGAAGCCUUUCCUCAGUUGAGGUUCCCUCUUUCAGAAGAUCUUAGCUUGAGUCAAACAAAGCAAGCAAACAAACCUAAUUAGCACACCUGCUCUAUAAUUAAUCAACACCCUUAUAGCUGGUGGGAGGUUCUACAGCCCUCCUGUGUGUGGGGGGGGAUUUUGUCAGUCCAUACUCAGAUUGUUCCAUAUCCAUAAAAUGCGCACUAGAAUUUGAGAGCUUCAACAAGCAGCAUGACUACUGCAAAUGAUGGUGGGAUGAUUGAUUACAUGUGAUGGUCAUUUAAUAUGAAAAUUUCCACUGUCACCUGUUCUUGGCAGGGGUACUGAACAAUUUAGAGGUAUGGCUAAGGCCCUCCCAUGACUGUUCUGCACUGAGAAGUCGGCAGUGAUAUCCCAUGGUAAGACAGGAACCUGCAGAGGCUCCAAAAUCAGAGCAGCACAGAUGGAGCACAUGAAGCACAGGGAACUUGAAGCCCGGAAACUUCAAGAAGAGUCUUGUAGUUAGUUUCUGGGACUCUUCUGCUUUUAAAAAAAAAAAAAAAUCCAUUCCCCCAAUUUAGAUGCAAAAGCAGUGCGCCCCCCAGUGGCCUUCCUCAGCCUGGCUCUGGAGCUGCCCUGUGGAUUAGCACCUGUUUUCCCAGCAUCCUCAGGAUGCUGUGGAUGUUAGCUGGGGCAAGGGUUUGGGCAUACUGUUUUCAUUUCAGGCAACAUUCUCUUGGGGUUCCCCUCCUCGUGUCCUGAAUUCUGUUCCCUACUGGGUAUGUGGAAAGGCUGUGUGAAUCUCAGCUCCUCCGCUUGCACAGAGGCUGAGCCUGACCUGUGCCCACCUGCCCAGUAGUGUUACUGCUGGUUGCUGGAAGACUUGGUAUUUAUUUAAUUUGCACUAGUCACAUUUGGUGUGGAAACUACUUCAAGUGUUUGGGAGACUACUUGCUUGUAAUGAAAAGAGAUGGAUAAUUUAUUGCUUUGAUAGUUUUAAAUUAAAAGCUAUUCUCACAAACU